GUGAGUCUAGUCGCAUUUAUACCGAUACAGAAGUAUCAGAGAUGCUAAAGUGUCUAAUAGAAAAUGUCACAUUAUUUUCGCAAUAGGUGAUCGUAUAUCCUGCAAACAAGGAACCGAUCAAUAUGCCGAAGAAAUUCGUGGGUGAGAAUAGUAAGGCGGUUGCCGCCCGAGCUAGAAAGGCCGCAGCUAAAGAAGCCGAAAAUAUAAAAAAAGCGAUGGAAGCUGAAGACAGAGCCUGGGAAGAUAAUGACAAACAACUGUUGAAAAAGAAACAAAAACAAGAAGAACUUGAGAAGAAACGUCAACAGCAAUUAGAAAAAAAAGCGGAAGCUAAGGCUUUGCUUGAAAAGGAAAUGGCAAAUAUAAAAGUCGGUGGCAAACAACCAGCGUCCAAAAUUACUAGAGCUGAAAUUGUUUCUAUUACUGAAAAACGAAAUCAAGUAGCAAUGAAGAAAGAGGAGGAGACACCAAUCGAAGAAAAUUUAAAUAGAUUAACUUUGGAAGGUGAAACAGCUCACAGUAUAGAUGAAGCUAUAUCUAUAUUAAGUACAAAAGAUUCCGAAAUUGAUCGACAUCCGGAAAAACGGAUGAAAGCAGCAUACGCAACUUUCGAGGAAAAAAUGAUGCCGAUUAUUAAAGAACAAAAUCCUACCUUGAGAUUGAGCCAAUUGAAACAGAUUCUUAGGAAAGAAUGGAUGAAAUCACCCGAGAAUCCGCUUAACCAGAAAUUAUUGAAUAACUGAUAAUGAUAUUAAACGCGCUCGGUACGUACUUGCGCACAUCACUGACUGAUUAAUUAUUUAAUUCCUAAAUGUCUCAAAUUUGGUUAUAAAUAACUGCAACGAUAUAAUCAGCUGUAUACAAUUUUAUUUGUAAAAACAAAUAACUUAUAU